AUGGUUCAAACCUGGUCGAAAACACUCUGCAGCGAGAUUUUCCGCGUGGUGAACUCGCGCUCUCCGACAGAACGGCUUCCGAACGAAGUCCUUGUCCACAUCUUUCUCUUUGCCACCGAGGACACCAGGCAGGCGAGGUCGCUCGACUCCGACCCGGAGGAUCGCGUGCCCGUCGACACCUUGAUCUCGUUGACGCACGUCUGCCAGCGAUGGCGGCAGGUCGCCAUCGGCUUCCCGCUUCUGUGGACGCACACCGACCUCCACGACCGCGCGCAGUUUGCCACCUUCGAGCAGCGCUCUCGAGGACUCCCCCUUUCUCUGCGGAUCAACCGCGACGACAUCUUCAGAACCACCCGCGACGGCAGACUUGAGGACGACAAACGUGUGGACGACGGCUCCGCCAUGGGAAAGCUCAUCGCCUCCGUCGCGAACCGGCUUGGCACGCUAGACAUCAUACCCAUGUUGGAGGACGGCCGGUCGCCAAGAUGGCUCCGCGAAAAGAUGUGUCUUCCUCGACUGGAGGCUCUGUUGCUUCACUUCAUACAGGAGCCACGCCCACACUGGCCUUUUUUUGGCGAGGAAACAUCGAACCUCAAGGCGCUUGCCAUGAACGGGUCUGGAGAUUGGGUUCCCAACAACCAAUUCGUUCAUCUCACCCAUCUGUCAAUCUCUUGGGACUACGAAGAUGACGACACGACCUUGUACCAGCUGCUCUCGCGCACUCCCAAUCUCGAGUUCCUGGAGUUGGACAACAUCGGCACAUGCGGAGGGACGCCGGAACGCCCGGCUUCUCUGCAAAAGCUGCGGUCCGUCACGUUUUUGGCGUCGAACGGUCACGCUGUGGACCUGUUCAAGUUCUGCAGCACCACCAAUCCGUUUCCCUUACGUAUGACGACCACCCACAUCCUCGUCUCGGACGCCCUCGACACGCUCAACUGCCUCCCUUCGGUCCACCAAGCGACAGAUCUCGACAUCCGAAUCGGCGCCGAGCUGCAGAAGGUCCACUUCGUCCUUCAGAGCGCCGUCGCGGGCUUCUGGCUCCAGGGGCGCACGGUCGAGCCAGGUGCUGCCCACGACUGGUUCCUCCUCCACGUCCUCCACCUCCACACACACGCACCCCUCUCCGACGUCACCUCCGUCACGCUCGAUGUACCCUUCGUCGAAGCCAGCAGCCUCGUCGACGUCCUCCGCCACGCCCCCCGGCUCGAAACGCUCAAGCUCCGCCUCUCCACCCCCGCGCGUGGCCGCGUGGUCCGCAACGACGUCCAGCGCGACCUGCGCGCGGCGGGCGGGCCGGCGACCCAGGUCGCUCACCUCUGCGCCGCCCUGUGCGAGCGCGCCGCAGAGUCCUCGCCCGACCCGACGCCGGCGCUGUGGCCGGAGCUGCGCGCGCUCGCGCUGUGCUCGAACAUGUGCCACAAGACCGCGGAGUUCCCGGCGGACGUCGAUCGGUACGCGGGCGCGCUCGAGGACGCGGCGGGCGCGCGGCGGGCGAUGGGGCGCCCGCUGCGCGAUCUCGUCGUGCAGCCGAUGGGCGCUUCGGUCGGGCCCGACGUGGUCUCGCGGUGUUUCGACCCGCAGGCGGUGGGGCGGCGGUUCGAAGAGCGGCUGCCGGAGCUCGUUGAGCGGUUCGAGUGGCUGGGUCUAGAAGACGACAUCUUCGGAGAGUUUGAAGAGCGAAAGUUUUGGACUGUGGACGGGGAGGAUAGGUAUUGGACGAGGGAUGAUGACUGGUGA